AUGGACCAUGCGGAUGACAUCAACCCAGACCAGGAGACUCCCCCCGAGUGUUGGGAGUUUCUGAACUUGCACCUCGGAUGCUGCGUGGAACGCCUCCUAUCUUUUUUCCUUAACAAGUACGGCGGCUGCGCAGAUAUACCGAAUCCUGUGCUGGAGAUCAUCCUCCACGCGCCCGUCUACACCUGCGAGCAAGCGACGCAGCUUUGCCCUCGUCCGGAGAUGAAUGGAGGCUGUGCGCAGGAGAUGAAAAACCUGUUCCUGAAGGACAAGAAGAAGAGCUUUUUCUUGGUCUCCGCUGCGGUCGACACGGAAAUUAAGUUGAAGGAGCUGAAGUUUGCAAAGCAGGCAAGCUUUGCGUCAACAGAGGCGCUGCGGGAGAAGUUGAAGCUUCUGCCAGGUAGUGUGACGCCGUUCGGCUUGCUGAAUGAUGAAAGCUCAGAAGUGCAGUUCUACCUGGAUCCCCGGGUGGUGGCUGCCAGUGAAGGAGGAGGCUGCCCUACGGUUGGCUUUCAUCCAAACGCUUGUCACGCCACAGCUUACAUGAAAGCCUCCGAUUUUGUGGAGUUCGUAGAGAAGGAAUCUUCCCACGAGGUCCACAUCCUGAACCUGGAUUAG